AUGGCUACCACGAUUAGCGAUCUUACGGAUGAUUUGCUCGACAAGAUAAUAUGGUACCCUCAAGAGUCCGUUUCUAGCCAACUCGAAGUUAGUUUUCCGGGGGCCUCCGUGUCACCUAGGCCGACAUACACCUCCGAAAGGCCGUAUGGUGAUGAAUCGUUCCUAUCUACCCCUCCUGCUUCCGCAGACGCCGCGUUCAGUCUUCUCGUCACAUCCGUUUGCCGUAGAUGGCGUCGUCUCGCUCAGAAUCGCGUCUCCACCUUGCUUGUGAAGGAUCACCAGGUUGUUUCUCUUCGUGACCUAACCGCCGCUGUCAAGUGCUUCCCGAACCUCACCCACGUGCAUCUGAGCGACAACAGCGUCGAGACCAUCGACGACACCUUCCUCGCUCACCUCGCUUCAUCGAGCCCUAAGCUGAAGGCUCUCCAUGUGGGAAAGGAGAUUACGCAGAGUUACGGAUCAUCGGAUAGGAAGGACGAGCACCCGGUGACCGAAGCAGGCUUGGAUCAACUCUUCCGUCGCUGCACGCAACUGCAGCACUUGUCUUUCUAUUGUCUGCAUCCAAACGCGAAGCUGCCUCCAAGUUUUUAUCAGCUGAGCAGUCUACACACUCUAGCUCUGACCGAUAACUCGGCUCGAGAGGCUCCCAGAUUCACCAACCUGUCUUCCCUCGCAUCUUUUUCCGUAGAAACGGUUGACGGCUUUCCCGAUCGGUUACAGAUAUCAAGCCUCGCUCCUCUCUCAGCCCUCACCAGUCUCUCCUGCUGUAAUGAAACAUGGUUGACAGCGUUCCCAAUCGCACAGCUUCCGUGUCUGAAGUCGCUAGAGUUGGAAGCGGGGAGUCCGCGGUUCGACCUCUUGUUUCCGCCGGAUCAGCCAUGCAGCAGCCUAGAGAAACUGUUUCUCGGCAAGAUCUCUGAGCUGCUGAGUCUUCCUGACGGCAUAGGGGAGCUGCUGCCACGUCUCCGGGAGCUGACCAUCAGCGAUCGCGAAAAUCUCGCCAAUCUGCCUGACGGGUUCAAUUCCCUCACCUCCCUGCAGAGGUUGACAAUCUCCCAAGGCAAGCUGACCAGCCUGCCCGAAACCUUCGGAGAGUUACCCGCGCUGACAUCGCUCUCGCUCGAUCUGCCGGAGCUCACGCAUCUCCCAGAUUCGUUCUGCCUGCUCACUGCUCUGAAGAUCCUGAAUCUGACCAACUGCAAAGCCCUCCGCAGACUUCCUUCACGUCUUAGCGGAUUAACGGCCCUUCAAUCUCUCAGCGUCUUCAACUCUCCAAUCUUGAAGCUUUCGGAAGACAUUGGAGACCUGACCAACCUACAGACUUUCCACCUGAAUAUAGUCCAUGCAGAGCUCCCAUCAAAUCUCACACGGCUCUCCUCACUCACAAGUCUUCAAAUCUUCCAGAGCACCCUAAGUGAGCUUCCAGAGGGCAUCGGGAAGCUGAGAAACCUGCGCGUGUUGUUCCUCCUCCCUGAUUCGAAUGCCCUCCCUGACUACAAGCUCCCAGAGUCUGUCACCGACCUUGUGAGCCUUGAGAUACUGAAAGUUGGCUGCCUCACUGCAAUGCCCAGGAGUUUGAGCAGCCUUGUAAGGCUGAGGGAGCUGAUGCUGAGCAAGACCCCGCAGCUGCCAGAAGCCGUAAUGACCCUGCCAACAUCACUCGAGACACUAAGCGUGGGGAGCUACCAGCUGCUCGUUCCCCUGCUGGAAAUCCCAGCACUGCCUCGGCUCAGGGAACUGAGCUUGACAAGUGUUGGCCUGCUGCGUGGUCUGAACACCGACGUUGUUCUUCCAUGCCUGGAGCAUUUGGAGCUGGUGCUGCCACGGGAUGCAGAGGAUCUCCCAGUGCCACUGGCAGCCGUUUCCAACAUCCGCAGCUUGACAAUUCGGGAUGGUGGUCGCUUGUUGAAGCUUCCGGAUGAGGUCGGCUCAACGCUGCUGCAGCUGAGGCAGCUGCGCAUUGAAAAGGCUCAAGAAAUGGCAAUGCUGCCGGCGGCUGUUACGCAGUUACAGUGUCUGACAUCCAUCGAGAUCCAUGCUCCCAGAUUUCAGUUCCUCCCGGAGGAAAUUGGUGCUUUAUUGAGAUUGCGCGUGCUGAAUUUGGCUGACUGCUUGAGUUUCAAACAGCUCCCGGCUUCUCUCAUGCAGCUCUCCUGCCUUCAUCACUUGAACCUCCGCAACACCUCCAUCUGCUCCUUGCCUCCCAACUUUGCAGCGGUGAGCCGGCUCAAGAAGCUUGACCUGUAUGGAUGCAAGCAGCUGGAGUCUCUUCCUGACGAUGUCACGCAGCUCAAGAUGCUUUAUAGCCUGAAUCUUACAGGCUGUGACAAACUGUUGGAUUCGAGAAGCUUUCCCAUGGGUGUGAUGGGUAUGUACGGUUUGGAUGCUGUACUGGAGCUUGGGGAGGGAGCAGAGCAGAGCACGUCGGAGUGGGAAGGGGAAGCGCCUCUCUUUGAUAUGUGCGCCCUGGAGAGGUUGCUAAGCUGCAAGCAUGAAUCAAGCUCUUACAGCGCAACAUGGGGAGGCAAUACAACGUGCACCUCUCUGCGCCUUACCUCCUCCUGGGGCCCUCUGGGUUCCACGGCACUGCCACUCGUUUCCACUCCCUCAUGUCCUUCUCCCGGGCAGGUUGUGUUGUUCGACACGAGUGCAGGCAAGGUGGCGGGGGACGUUGAUGGCGUCAUUCAUUCUGGCGUCUAUGUCCUUUCCCAAGCCACCAUGGCUUCCACUCCUACAGCAACCACUUCUCGUACGGCACCCUCAGAGUCUCCUGGUAGUUCCGCUGGUGGAACCUCUUCUAGUACGUCUUUGGUCUGCAUGGACAGCAAGCACGCAGUCUACCGUCACUUCAAGGUGCCGGCCAAUAGCGUUGGCGAGAACGGCACCAAGGUGUGUGCCUACUGCAACUUCACGUUUGUUGGCGGGGUUCACCGUUGCGCGCAGCAUAUCACCAGCUGGAACGGCAUGCGCCGUCGCGAAGUGCAUCUCUGCACUGCAGCGCCGAAGACUGCACGUGACGUCGUGAAGGCGCUUUACGAGUCCAAGUUGAAGGCCCGUGAAGUGAAGCGUGCGGCUGAAAUUGCGGCGGUCGGCGCAGUCAACGGCAGAGAUAACAAGAAGAAGAGUCGGAUGUCCGACUUCUACGGCGACGACGCCGCGUGCGCGAACCAAGCUGCGGACGAGGCCAUAAGCCUCUUCUUUGCCGCUCUUCAUGUGCCGGAGCAUCACGCGGACCACCCACUGUGGCGGAAUGUGGUCUCCAGCAUCCAGCGCGCGGGGCCGAAUUACGUCGCGCCGAAGAGACGCUACAUCGGUGGCGCCGGUCUUGCGAAGUGUCGCCAGCGCAUUGAGGCGGCGCUCGCUCCUAUCUCAGCAAGCUGGCGCCGUGACGGUGUCACCGUGGCAAGCGACAUGUUCUCCGACAAGGCCGGCCGCCCGCAAGCCAACGUGCUCCUCAUCAACGAUAGCGGUGCGGUGUUUGUGGAGUCGAUCGACACGAAGAUGGAGAUGAAGACCGGGGGCUACAUCGCGGGCAUCUUGCGGCCCAUCAUCGAAAAGGUCGGCCCCGAGAAUGUCGUCGCCUUGUGUUUUGACGGCGGCUCCAACUACGCGGCGGCAUGCAGGGUGUUGAUGCGCGAGUAUCCCCACAUUGAACACAUCCCUUGCGCGACCCAUGUCCUCGAUCUCCUGAUGGAGGACAUCGGGAAAAAGGGAUGGGCGAAGGACAUCGUCACGCGCGGGGACACCCUCAUCUCGUUCGUCCGCAACCAUCACUUCACUCGGGGAUACAUGCGGAGUCCGCUCGUGAACGGCGGCAAGGGGAAACAGGUUCUCAAGCCCGCGGGAACCCGAUUCGGCACCAACUACAUCGCCAUCAACCGCCUCUGUGAAGUGCGCGCCGGCCUGACGCAGAUGGUCCUCAGCAAUGAGUGGGCCGAGUGGACUGCGGCUGCAGACAGGGCUGGGGCAGACACAUUCAAAGACAACAUCCUCGAUGCCGCGUGGUGGACGCGCGCCGAGUUCUUCGCUAAGCUGAUGAGGCUGCCAUUCGUCGUCAUGCGCAAGACUGACUCAGAUUCGAAGGGCAUGAUGGGUCGUCUCUACGACCUCAUGCUCCAGCUCACCGAGGACAUCCGCGACUUCCUCGACGAGCAUGCGGAAGGGGUCCUGACAAGCAACGAGGUGGGGGAUAUUCGGGAGAUCGUGCAGGACCGCUGGGACAACGGGCUGGCGUGCAACCUGCAUGUGAUUGGCCGCAUCCUCUACCCCACCAACCAGGAAGAGUGCAUUUUCCGCACCGACCUGGAGUGCACGAGGGUCUUCAAGCAGUACGUCUCCAAGCACCAUGGUGACAAGAUGGUCACCAGGAAGGACGGGGUCGAGCGCCGCGCCUCUCUCGUCAUCCAGGAAGGCCUCAAUGCCUUCCUGAACCUCCAAGGCAGCUUCGGCAUGCCCGACGCUAUUGCCGACCGCCAGGCAGUGAAGGAGGGCAAGAUGACGGCGGUGGACUGGUGGACAUGGCACGGGACCGAUCAUCCUGAGCUCACCACCAUGGCUUGCCGCGCCAUCACGCAGCCGGUGUCUGCGUCUCCAUGUGAGCGUAACUGGGCGAAGUUUGAUGCAGUGCAUACGGCAAGGAGGAACCGCCUCGGCGCGGUGAAGCUUCGUGACCUGGUGUAUGUGACGCACAAUUGGCAGGUGGUGCACAACUGGCACAAGGCCCCUGAAGGGCUGGGGGUGGUGAAGGGAAACAUCGAGGACCCCCCCACUCCGGCUGGCUAUAACGUCCCGGAGGAGGUGGAGGAACCUGAGGAGGGGGAGGAUGAUGUGAUGGCAGAUGAGUACUAG